UUCACGCCAAUCUGUGUUUCCACUGUGUCGGAAUUCUCGCUCAUAGAAGACUUCGCGCUAUGUAAUAAUAUUAGCUUCGCUUAUACAAUCAAAAACAUGGCUGUUCGUCUCGUUAGCGCUUUACUGGCGGCGUACUUCCUGGUUGUACUAUUUGCCGCCUGUGCGGAGCGAAAUGAGCGGCUGCAGAUACGCAACGGUAGCGUGCGGUCUGCUGCAGCGGUCCGCUUCAACCCGACGCUGGAUAUCCGCGUAAUGCAUUAUUACUACGACGGUAACUGCGAUCCUGAGUUCUGGAAUUCCCGUAAAUGCGAUCCACAUUUCACCAUCACGUACAGCUGGGUUAACACCGAGGGCAUUACCCGAACCCAAUCGCAGACCCAUAGCGGAGGCGAGGAUGUAGUCGAGAUCAACUUUCCUGUCAGAGUGCGCCUCACCAGGCCCGUCCAGCGCAACAGCACCGCCACCGUUCGGAUUGUGGUGGUCGAUAAAGAUUUCACUUUUAACGAUGAUAUCGGAAACUUUUUCUUUGAUUUUAGUAUUCCAGGAGGACCUGGCAAUUAUAUCCCCACCACGGUGACGAAGCAUUUGUCGAAUGGUGCACGAAUGUCCGUUGAGUUUAGCGUGCGCUUUUAACCUACUCAUCAGCAUGCCAUUCACUGCUCUUACUAUACUUUAUAAUAAAUUUUGGUAUCACAUUUUUGGUACCACAUUUUUGGUUGCACGGUUGCACC